ACGUGCUAAGAGGUAGCCAAACUACAAUUUCUUACUCGCCGUAUUGUUCCCUGGCGUUCUAGAGUUCAGCCAUAAAAGAUACAUUGAACGAAUGACCAUGUGGCUGUCGACGGUGUGGCUGUUUGUGUUAGCCGUAUGCGUACAGAGCGCAACAACGCAUAAACAUGUGCAUACCAUUAACAAGGAACGCACGGAGGAUGGGGCGUUUUCUCCGCGCGAUUCCCAUCACUUGGAACGUGGGGAACACUUCUCGGAGUUCGAUCAUGAGGCGAUCUUGGGUAGCGUCAAGGAGGCGGAAGAAUUUGACAACCUUUCGCCAGAGGAAUCUAAACGACGCCUUGCGGUACUGGUUACCAAGAUAGACCAGAAUGCGGACGGAUAUGUAGAUCGGCAUGAGCUGAAAGCUUGGAUUCUUCGGUCAUUUAAGUCGCUGGCAGAAGAGGAAGCAUCCGACAGGUUUGACGAUGUAGAUCUAAAUAACGACGAUUCGGUAACGUGGGAUGAAUAUCUGCAAGAAACUUACGGUAUGGACAGUGAGGACGAGGAAGGGGUUCGAUUACCCUUUCAGCAACCGCGAGACGAAGAGGAAAGAAAGCUUAUCAACGAUGAUAAGGAAAUGUUUAAUGCGGCUGAUACUGAUCAGAACGGAGUGCUGGACUCGAACGAAUAUGUAAGGUUUAUCUCUCCUGAAGAAUUUCCCGAGAUGCUACCCAUUAUACUGCAACAAACAUUGCGUGAGAAGGACAAGAACAACGAUGGGCGUAUAGAGUUUCAGGAAUUUGUAGGGGAUAACGCCAAAGAUCACGAUAAGGAGUGGUUAGUUGUGGAGAUGGAUAGGUUUAAGCAUGAUUUUGACAAAGACAAUGACGGAUACCUGAACGGUAACGAAAUCCUCUCGUGGGUUGUGCCAAGCAAUGACGAGGUAGCCAGUGAUGAAGUUGACCAUCUGUUUGUUGCCAGCGAUGAUGACCAUGACGAUAGAUUAUCGCACCAGGAGAUCAUCGACAAGUACGACAUUUUCGUUGGAAGUGAGGCUACUGACUACGGUGAUCACUUGCAGAACAUCCACCAUUUCGAUGAUGAGCUGUAG